ACAUUGUGGUCAAAUGAACUUUUGGCCAAGUGGAUACCUACCACUAAAUACCACUAAAUACCGAACCGAGUAUCCCUACUGAAAAUUCCUAUAUAGUAUAUUUCUAUAUAGCCAUUGUGAGUGACACAUCUCUACUUCACUCCUGCCACUACAAUCAAAGAUGGGACUUUGUGCUCCGUCGUCCAUAGACUCACUAGAGUGACUAGACUUGACGGAACUUGACGGCUACGAGUGUACGAGUCCGACAGAUGGGUCAAAAGGCCGAGUACGGACUUGCGUCUGUCAGUCUCUGUUUUCUGUAUCUGUCAAUCAUAGUUUGACUGAUAUUUUUGUAUAAGCACAUAGAAGCUCGCGAGGUGUACCGAGCGCACGGCCCGCUGAGGAGAAGCUUCUCAAAUGUGUCAAAUUUAUAUCUCACAUUCGCAGGGGGUAUCCUGGAGAUCAACCUACGGCCCUUCCACGCGGCAUUUCGCCGUCUACCAAGCCUUUCAAAUGAUCUGAGCAACUCCACUUGAAAUUUCUUUGACUUCGUUAUGGAGGAUAGUAUGAGUGUUAAGUCAAUGGAAUCUGUGGCGACUAGCGAUGAGUAUGAGUUUGUAAGUGACAAAAGUAUCACUAAGCAACAAUCGCUACUUGAACCACCAAUGCUCAAGAUUGCCAAUAACGGCAAUUUAGAGGAUCUACAAAACAACCUUCGCGAGGUAUUAACUGAAGACUCGAAAAUGGAAGGCAGUGUAGGUGGUGAGCCGAAAGUAUUUAGUAGCAACACCCAAAUCACUCGUAAAGCAAAAACAGUUGGGCAAAGUACAUUUUAUGACGUUGCGUCUUCCGCAGUUACAUCCGAAAAACAAGACGUUAUGAAGCCUGAAAAUGACAGCGAAGAUGUUUGUGAACUUAGUAAGUUGUCCGAUGUUCAACAAGAAUGCACGAUUUUCAACGGAGUUACUUAUCUCGGCUCUGCUACAAUUAAUGCUCCGAAAUCUGAAUGUGAAAUUCAGAGAAAUAUGAAUAUUUUGAAUGCAGAUCAGUCUAUGAAUGUAGGAGUCAAGGUUUCAGUCUCGGUACCUAGCAGUUCGCAAGGAUGUGUCGUUCUCUACGAUGCAGGUUCUCAGCCAAUGGCUCAAUUCGAGGUGCAUAGAAUUCUUUUCUACGCAAGAGGAGAAUGUAGUGGACCGUGUGCUGCGUGUUUCGCUUUCACGUGGUCUCAUGGUGACACAUUGGAGUCUGCCAUUUUCCAGUGUCACGUUUUUCGAUGUGAUAUUCCAGAGGCCGUUGGGCAAGUAUCGGCCUGUUUUGCGAAAGCUUUUCAAAGGAUUCCGCGAUCUAUGACGAAUUCGUUAACGGGAAGCGAUUUCAAUGGGUAUAACCCUGGAAGUGAGAAAAUAAAUUCUCGUAUGUUCAUCUUCGAAGUUACGAUGGAAAUCAAAGAAGAAGAUGGAAAGGGUGGUUUUGCUACCGUUCCGAAGGAUAGAAAUUGUUUUAAACUUCGUAGCAACAUAUCGAAACAAGUUUGUUUGAGUAUUCAGCAAGUAUCUCGAGGAGAAGGAGGUAUUACUCUCGAGGUAGAAAGGUGCUUUGGGGUACUCGUUAGUCCGGGUAGAAACGUCAAACACAGUGAUAUGAGAUUAUUAGAAAUGCAAGUCAAUGCCGGGCCGCUAUUGCAAGAUAAGCAAUCUUACAAUAUCUGCGGUCGAUGGGAUCCUGCUGAUCCAUCUCUAGAAGCCCUAAACAUGGAAACACCCCGAGAAGGCAAAAUUUUCAUGACAGUCGCAGUAGAUUUAGUUAUAAGAGGCAUCAGAGAACCUGUCAGAUUUGCUGUAGAAACCGCCGUCAAAGUAUAUCCACAGAAUGAAAGAUUUUGGUAUUUGAAUAAAAGGAACCUAGUCCAACAAUUUUACCUCAAUUCAAAAGAGAUAAUUUCGGGAGACGGAGCAGAAAUUCAUUAUGAAGUUUUGAAUAUUGAAACCUCAGGCGAGCUAGACAGAAAUCGGCUAAAUCUUGCUCUUAAUUUAGCUUCUCUAAUCAGAUCACCUUCGCUAACGAGCAUUGAUACUCUUACACCAAAAGAAGAAAUCGACUCAGAUGGAGACGAGCCAAUGUUAAGUGGUACCGGUGAAGUGUCGAAAGACUGUUCAGCAGACGAGCUAGCUAGUUGGGCGGAAGUCUUAGAUAGUUGGCAAUUUAACGAGCAGCGUCCAAAACUUUUGAUUAAAUUAACAAAGCAAGGAAUUCCUGAAGCUCUAAGAGGUGAAGUCUGGCAGAGGUUAAGUAACUGUGACAAUUCUCAAGAAAUGAUGGACAAGUAUCGGUUGUUAAUCACUAAAGAAAGUAGCUGCGAAAGUGUUAUUUUAAGAGAUAUAAACCGAACUUUUCCUGCACAUGAUUUUUUUAAAGAAACUGGUGGCUUAGGACAGGAUUCUUUAUACAGGAUAAGCAAAGCUUACGCAGUUCACGAUGAAGAAGUUGGUUAUUGUCAAGGACUUAGUUUCCUGGUCGCAAGUUUACUAUUGCACAUGCCUGAGGAGCAAGCUUUUUGCGUACUGGUCAAAUUGAUGUACGAUUAUGGAUUGCGAGACUUAUACAAGGAUAGAUUCGAUAAUCUUCAUAUGAGAUUUUAUCAACUUCAGCGUUUAAUAGAGGAUCAGUUGCCGGAACUAUAUAAACAUUUCUGUGAUCGCGGAGUUGAGACGCACAUGUUCGCCGCACAAUGGUUUCUUACACUCUUCACAGCCAGGUUUCCACUAUAUCUUGUUUUCCACAUCCUGGAUGUAUUUCUCCUUCAGGGUCUUGAUACUCUGUUUCAAGUAGCGCUAGCGUUGCUCAUGUUGUCUAAAAAAGAACUUCUCCAGCUCGACUUUGAGAGCAUUUUGAAAUACUUUCGAGUGCACUUGCCCAAGCGAUGUCGCAAUGAAGAAGUCUCGCGAUACGUGAUGAAGCUCGCUUGUUCGAUAACACUGAAAAAACUAAAGAAGUACGAGGCCGAGUUCAUGACCCUCAAAGAGGCGCAGGAAAACGCGGAUGAGUACAGUAACGAAUUGGAACAACUCCGUUGUACAGUCUCACGUAACGAAGAAGAAAAGCAGAGAUUAGAAGCUGAGCUUGUUCAAGUCAAGGAAAUGCUGCAACGCGAGGUAUCUCGAGCAGAUUCAGAAAGUAGAAGAAAUGGUGUUAUUAUUGCCGAAUAUAAACAGAUCUGUCAGCGUUUAGAGGAUGAUUAUAAUGUUACGAAAACGGCUUUGAGUGACUUACGUGCAAAAGUCUCCAAAUGCGAAAAAUGCAGGAGUCAUAUGAAGGAGUCGCCAAACAUUUUAUCCGACAUAGCGCAUCCUUUAGAAAAUCGAAUAGAUCCUAUUCUUAAUAGAGCGCAAGAAAGGGUUCGAGAAUUAGAAUUGGAACUAGCACAGACAAAGUUGGCGCACGUUGAAGCCGAAUGUAGAAAUCAGGACCUGACACAUCAGUUGCACGCGACUGCUGCAGAAUUGAAUGCUGCUCGAAACAGUUGGCCAUGGCUUAGUAAAACUUUGUCAAGUAUAAAGGAAGCUGCAAAUAAAAGAGAAGUAAUAGGUCCUGGGGUUUUAAGACGCGAUAGUGCACCGGGUGGUGAUAUGCGACAUGCCAUACAUUCGCAAAGUCGGGAUAAUCUUAAAGAGGUCGUGUGAUGAUUAACAAGGAGAUAAUCAAAGACAGUGGGACCUCGUUCGUGUCUCAGAGUUGGAACCGGGAACCUCGUUUGUGUCGCAAACGUCCCUUCCGGUCGUUUCAGGGGCGUACUUAGGUAGCAUGAUUUCUAACAUGUCACUGAUAUGUACUAGACAUGACUAGACACCAUUAGGAACAGCACUGGAUUGUGGUGCGCGCGUAACUUUUUGACGUAAUUUCCACGAGCGAGGUCUUGAGGAGCCGCGUGACCACGACACGAAGCCGAAAGCGACACGAACGAGGUCCCACUGUAAAGUCAAACUCGGAUAUAACGCCCCCGGAUGUAUACCUUCCGAGGAUUGAAGCCGCGCCGUAGGUAAGAGUAAAAGGAGCUGCGGGGAGUGUGCGGUGGUCACAGAGACGCGAACAAAUAAAAGCGUUUUCAUUCGAACCGGUGCUCUAUCGGGUUUGCUUUCUACUACGUCUAGCCCCGAAACCGGCGUUAUUUCCGAGUUUGACUGUAUAUCCGAAGAACUUUGAAGCAAAAAUUUGGUGCCACGUAUAGUCAGGUAUUCGUCCACGGAGUACAUAUAAGUAUGUAGGGCUAUGUAAAAGUCGAAGGUUGAACCUUACGUUACGUCGAUUCAAGUCGAUAUUUGCUUCGACACACACGCAAAACGUUUACUGUGCAGUUUUCAUACUACCAGAUACUUUCUUACACAGCAUGAUCUGAAGAGUGAAAAGGUUCUAUCAACAUUUCUAGAAGUCACUUAACAUUUAUCAGGUGAAUUGUAGGUCUCAAGAAAACAAACCUGCGCGACCUCAAAAUAGAGAUGUAACCCUCUCAAUCUCUGGUCGAGUUUAUACUUAUAGACCUUGUAUUCAGACACUAUCGUUAGGUUCUUUUGUUACGUUUUACAAAUAUGUCUGUUCUUACAAAAGUGUGUUACGUGUGAAAGUGAGUGCCGUGUCACCCUCUGGUUAUAUCUGAUAAUACUUUCUUUAACAACAUUAAAAUUCAAGGUCAGCCUAAUCCAAGAAAUGGAUAUUUGGUAAACAACUCAAAAAAGUGAGGUUCUUUCUAUUUCAGAAGUUAUAAAUUACUCCAUAACCAUGGUCCAAUUUUUUUUACUCAGUCUGAAUAAAAAAAAUUUGAUAAGGAGAUUUUGAUGUAUUUUAUAAAUUGUUAAUCUUCGUCCAAAUAACAAUACUUUUUUUUUAAUUAAUCUAAUGAAAGAUAAAAAUCGAUGGCCUUUCAGCCUGCUCUUGUCCUCUGCGAUAGAUUCCAAAAAAGAAUAAUGUGGGACGUUAAGCGUUGAGCCUUAGGCUUUAUCUAUUUUGUAUAAUACUAGUCUAAGAGUUACUGAGUGCAAUUCGCGGAAUAAUAUGUAGCGUACAAGCUGGAAACCCGGUGGUCACACAAGUCCUAAAGUUGUCCAAUAGACGUCUUUUGGCGAGCGUCUUGAGGACGUCCUGAGGACCCUUUAAAGACAUGAAAAGAUCCAAAGGAUGUCUUAAAGUUGUCAAAUCACAUGGUAUAGAGGUACAUUCUAAAGAAGUAUUUAUGAUUAACCAGUGCCCACAAGGAAAAGUACACUGCGUCCACAUGAAAAAAGAAUAAGAUGUCAGUUUAUAUCACGAAUCUGACAAAAUCUUAACUGGUCCGCGAAAAAAAUAGAGGUGGACUUUUCUCUUUAUUCUACUAUCUACUGUCAAUCGACAGUACAUUCCAAAGUACGACAAGAAUAAACUUGAUUUAUUGUCAUUAUUAUCAUAGUUGUUGUACCUAAUCGACUGUGAUUGUACGUUUUCUUUCAUCUAUUAGGCUCUUUGCCGCGCAAAGAAGUAUCGAGGCUCUCUGUAAACAUUGAAGGUCUGAAAUUCCAAAGUUGAAGAACUUUUACUGAAGUUUUUUAUUUGUUUGUAAUCAACUGAUUAAAUUUGUAAGAAAAUUGUAAUCUUCGGUACUCUCUUUUUCCAAAGAUUGCAUAAUCGUCGAAUUUGCUUUCUGUUUAAAAUAAAGGGUGACCGAAAUCGUCGGCGGCAAUAACACUUAGUUUUUCAUUUCCAAGUAGUGAACGCAGCGAUCGUAUCUUUUUCCAACGAUUAUUCAUGAAAUUAUUAUUAUUAUUAUUAACCAGCAGCACGUACGAGUCACUAAUUCGUAAUGUAUUACUCGAGUGCCAAUGACUGCAAACUUUGAUUCACAAUUUGUGCCAUUCAUUUAAAAGAUGUGCAUUCCGCUUUAAAACAAAACAGCGAAUUCUAAAUGUUUUCACAUUGAACGAAAUACUUUUUCAAUUACUGGAAAACACUGAUCUGAUGAAUUAUUCUUACUUAUCAUACGUACUAUUGGCUAUACUUUAAAUCGUCAAGUUCAGUGUUUUUGAUAAAUACGUGAGUUUUUUUUGUGUUUGAAUAUUUUUUAAAUAUACUUCAAUGCUUUUGAAAACAUUUAAUAAUAAUUAGAUCAUUUUUUCGCAAGACUUUUGUUGUUAACAUAAGAGGGCGUUCAUAUAUCACGUGACCCUUAAAGGGGGUCGAAAGACCAGCAUAAAUAUCACUGAUGAUCACGGGGGGAGGGGGCUUUCAAAGCCGAUACCGUAAUAUUUUUAGAUGACUAGUGGUGGGUAAAUUACUUUUAAAAAGGAACUAGUUAUCGUUACCGUUACUUCACGAAAAAAGUAACUAAUUCAUUCAUAUUAUUUCAAACCUGGAGGAGAUACCAUAAAUAUUCUGAACGUAAAAGUAAGUUAUAAAGCUCUAAAUAGUACUAGUAUUUUCCUAUAGGGUUUCUAUAUAUUUCUAUACUCUCCAGGUGCCAUUGAAUAUACAACUGCGCAUCUGGAUAGGGUCCAAUACAGGAACCUAUAUAGGAUCUCAAGUAGGAAACUAUAUAGGAUCCCCUACAGGAAACUAUAUAGGAUCCUAUGUUAUUUCCUAUAUUAUCGGUUGAAGACCUUUCAGCUGGACAAUUACAAUCAACCAUCCGAAAUUUAUGGUUAGAGUACCCAAUCUGAUACACUAACCUGAAUUUUUGAAUAUUUUAUUUCUUGACACUCAAAGGUCGUCAAUCGACAAAAUAAUGGAACAUGGCUGAGAAAAUAGAUUCUACACUGGACAAAUAUUACUAUUCGUACAUUUAUGAAUAACUUUUACGUUUAGAACAUUUUCCCCCAAAAGCCGUAUGUAUUUCAUUGACGACAUGCUGAAGUACUCAAUUCAAACCAACCCCAUGCAUCGCCUCCCACUUUUCAGUUUUAUUAAGAUCCGGAGGGGAAACGGUGGUGAAAUUAUUCCAACAGCAGGCGCUUUGAUCUGGCAGUCUGACUUUUGUAUUGACAUCCAAUGUAGAUUUGAAAAAUUAUUUUUAAAAUUACUAGUUUUCGGGAAAUUUACAAAAAGUAUAUUGAAAAAUGUGUAGCCUACUAAAUCUUUUAAUUUCUGUAAAAGUUGUUUUUUGUUAAUAAUUGCCGAAAGCAUCGGUCGUAAAUGUGUAGCUCCUGUUUGCAAAAGUCAGUCAAUGAACAUAAGGGAUAUAUAUAUUUUUUUAUUGUUAUGAUCUUCCGAAUAUUCUGAACCUUUUGUUUUUGAGGUUCUAAAUGUUGUUAAUUUUAUUUAUUAGCUACAAUUAUAAUUGUAACAAAAAAUAAUUUUUUAAACUCUAACAAAUAAUAAAAUCGAUAAUAUUAGCAAACAAAUAUUAGAAAUAUAAAAUUCGAACUGAUGACUUUAAAGUACAUCUCAAAAUUAAAUUUUGUUCAUAAUAAAAUACAUAUUUUCCCCUUUAUCUGUAAACAGCAUUAAGUUUUUAGUUGGUUUUGCUUUUUCUUAAUGCAAUUCAAUGCAAAUACACUUAUUUUUAUCUGUAUUAUUUGUGAAUUUUUAACAACAAUAGUUGUUCGAAAGCUUCAACGUCCAAUCUGCCCCUCCUCGAGUUCAGUAUGAUUCUUGCCUGACUAAAAAUUCUUUCUCAGGAUGCAAUGCUCCUGUAAGUGGCAUUGUACCUUAUAAACAAUUUUUUUAGCUUUGGAAAAGCGUUUAGUAUAUAGAAUGAUUGAUUUUUUAAACUAUUUACCAAUUAUUAUUUACAAAAGUAACUUCGUUGCCAUAAAAAGUACCUGUAUAGUAAAAAGUAACUAGUUUAUACUUUCAAAUGUAUGUCACUUGACGAUAGAGAAUACUAUAAAAUGUGAGUUGCCCCCCCCCCCCCCCGAAAUAGCAUCCCCAAAAUUUCCGUACUGUUAGAAAAGAAUAAGUACCUAUGAAAAGUUUUUCAGAGUUCAAAUUUCAGUUGCCCCCCCCCCCCUGACGGACUUCGAAUUUAGGAAUUGGUAUGCUCAAAAUUAUAUGUAAAAAGAAACCGUGCAAUAAAAGAUGUUUAAGCAAAAAUGCAUAGGAAGAAAAAUGAUUUAAAAACACGAAAAACAGAGUAAAUAAAAUAUACAAUUGAAAAAAAAUUAACAAACUUUUAUUAAAUAUUUACGUUCCACGCUUUUAUUUUUAGUCACAUUAUCAUUCUUAUAUAAUUAUUGCAAGUCUUUCCAUAGGGAAUUCGUUAGUUUCUUUAUACGUUUUAAUGGAAAUUUCCUUUAAGAAAAAAAAGUUUAAUAUUAUAUAUUACAAAUCGUGUUGAAGGUUUCCUGCCAUAUUAUGUGAAUUUUCAUCAAUUUACGAAGCGAAAUAAGAAUGACAGGGGAAGGGGCGAUAGAAAAUUAGUUUAAAACCGAUUACGUGAUUUAUUGACUCUCUCGAAGUUGGUAUUGUAAGAUUAUAAUUCUUCCGUAACAAACAAUUUGUUAUAAAUUCUCGAAUUAUUUCGGAAAUGAUGUGAAAAAUAUGUUUUGAAGUCACUGUUUUGUAUUCCGAACUGUCUAAAUCAUGUUAAAAUAUUACUCAUUCUCAGACUUUAAAUUCCUGAAAAAAUAUUUUUCUGCAGCUCGAAAUUAUUUAUUUAUGUAUAAAAUGAAUCGUGGUAACUAUGUCCAUAAAUCGAGAAAUGGACGUGAAUUUUGUUUUGGACCUUGGUGACCAACCUGAUUUAUUAUGAUGUCCAAUAUGGUGGCACAAAAAUGUACAUUUUGGAAUUUUCGACCCACGCAGUCGUUAAAUCAUUCUCUCGCGGAAACCAAUAAAUGCAUUUUUUUUAUUUUUAAACAAAAACAGUUUUAUUAUGUUGUGUGCAACUUUGUGUCUUAUGGAGUUUACAACGUAAAACGUAUACUUUUUUUUACUUUUUCUAUUUUGUUCAAGAAAUUGUAUGUCAAUUUAUUUACCCCUUUACAAACUUAUUCUCUUUUUAGUAAAGAUGCAUUUUGUCCAAUUUUAAUACUUAGACAAAUUGAGAAAAAAAAUUGAGACAUCUUGAAAGUUCCAUAAAAUUGCAAUAUUUGUAGACUCGUAGCGAGCAUUGCAUAUGAUUGUUUAACUAUAAUUUUUCAAGAAGCAUUUUUGAGGAUACUGAUAACAGAUGUAUAAAAAAAGAGAAUUAUUUUUUUAAUUAUAGUUUUGAAGCAAUUGCAAAAGUGAGUAAUUAAAAAUUUCAGCCCAACGUAGCUUCACUCGUAAACUGCAGAAUUGAUGUCAGCUAAAUUGAACUCAGUGGCUUAUUGUUAGAGGCUUAGGACUUCCAGAUGCAGGCGUGACCAUAAAGCUUCUUGCUACAGGCCCAAACCUGUAGCCCACCACUACAUUUCCCAAAUUUUGUUCGCACUUUAUGGGCAGCCAUUUCAUUUUUUACAAUACACGAACCCUAUGAGCAUACUUGAAUUCAAUGCUUAUUUGUUUCCACAAGAGAACGAUUUGGCGACUGCGCGAUUCGAACAUUUAUAUUUCUGGGCCACCCUAAUGUCCAAGUAUUUUUUAAUUCUUUAUUUCAUUACAAUUUUGUUACUUCUUUCACUACUGACUUUAUCAAUUUAAGUCUUGCAGAAGUAUACAAAAAGCAUUGAAGUAAAUGAAACAUUUUGAAUGAGAGAUAAGAAACAGUUUUCUGGUUUAAGAGAAAAGCUGUGGAUUCGAAAACUUGACAAAAAAAUGUACGAGGGCAAUGUUCACGAUCAUGUUAGCUUGUAGGUGAUAGUUGGGUCGACAUCAUUCGUAAGGGAUGAAUUAUCAUGUAAAUACUUAAAAUAAUGCGUAAUGUGACACACCGAGUAUGUAUAGGCUUAGGAUAAAUUCAAUGAUGGAAGUAACAUUGUAUACCCUGUAAUUUCAUUCCACGCUAAUAAUUGAAAUAAAGAAAUAUAUUG